UGGGAAUUAAUUUGAUGUGAGAGAACCUGUCUUAAAAGUGACGCAAAAGAGUUCCAAAACAAAAGGAAGCGCAUUUCCACUUUCUGUUUGUUAAAAAGGAAACGUUAGUUAAAUAAUGCAUCUAACUGAAGCAAACGUAUUAAUCAGUGUAGUUGAUGUUGUUAAUUUGACUGAUCACAAUGUUCCACACAGUGAAAUCACAUGGUCACGGGUGUCAAUGACGUCUGAUCGAUGGAUUUGUGUUCGACAUUCAAAAAUAGAUAGCACCAAGACGUUUAGGUGGAUUGUUCUGGACCAGGAAAACGACUACAAACAUAUAUCAUACAGUGGUUCGACUGUUGCUGACUCAGUUCUCAUGCAUCCAUCUGAGCCAAUUAUAGCAUUUAAAGCAUUCAAGACGUUUCAGGUGUUUAAUUUGGACACCAAGAGCUUACUGUGUGAAACCAGUCACGGCGAGAAGGUGCUCUUCUGGACGUGGCUCAACUCUGACGUCAUCGGCAUAAUUACCGAAACAGCCAUCUGUCACUGGUUUGUCUGGAAAGAAGAGACUUCCCCAAAGAAAGUACUCAACAACCACAGACGUCUAAAGUCAACUCAGAUUGUGUCCUACAAGGCAGAUCAUGCAAUGAGAUGGUUAGCGAUCACUGGUUUAUUUGAGGAGGGAAACGGGAUCUCAGGAAUUAUUCUGGUGCACAGUGUGAGCGAAAACCUGACGCAGUGCAUCUCCGCACACGCAGUCUGUUUUGCGGAGUAUCAUUUCCAAGAUAAUCCUUACCCAUCGAAUGUCUUUUGUGUGGCGUCCAGAGAUACAAGAAGCCAUGGCAAUAUCCAUGUGAUAGAGUUACAUCCAUACCGGAAAGGAAACCUUGCUCCAAAGAAUACAUGUGACCGAAUACAUGUAGAUUUCCUGGAUAGCUUUGGCAAAUAUGACUUUCCCACCACCAUCCAGGUAUCUAGUAGAUAUGGCGUUUUGUUUAUGAUUACCAAGUACAGUGUUCUGUAUAUCUGUGACAUGGAAACUGCAGCCCCUCUCAUUUGUUCAGGAAUUAGCAAUGACAUCAUCAUUACAGCCACUCUCAACACCAAAACACAGGGUAUUUUAGGAAUUUCAAAAGAUGGCAUGGUGAUUUUUGUUAAUCUCCAAAAGACCAAGUUCGUGUAUAAACGAAAACAUGCAGUAAAGAAGAACGUUCAAGCGUCUCUCUCAGAGGAGAAGAAAAUACUCGAAGUGGAUAAAAUGACAUCCGACAAAUGUCAGUCUGUACAUCGCAAAACCAAUGCAAGCCAGUAGUAAUGCGAGAAUGCAUGUGAAAAAUGUAUAAUUAAAAUCCCCUAAAAAUUUUUUAAUAAAAUAAAUAAAUAAAUUAAAAAAACUCUCAAAAAAAAAAAAAGAGAGAAGAAAAACACCCCCACCCCUUCCAUAAAAAACCACAACACCAAAAGCAAUAAUAAUAAUAUUAAAAUUUUAAUAAGCAAAAUUACAGCAAAUAAUCCUGUUAAGUAAUAGAGUUUGAACUGUAAAUCAUUAAAUUAUUGCGAGUAAUUUACAUGGUUAUUUGAAAUAUUAAUUUUUUUACUGAUAAUAGCACAAACAUUAAUUAACUGUGGUAAAAAAAACCCAAAGCAAAACAAAACAAAAAACAAACAAAAAUCAAGAAGAACAAUCAAACAACGUAAACAUGCAGAAAUUGUUUGAAGCUAAUACUGAGUAACAUUCGCUUGGAAACCUUUAGGGGAGCGAUAUCGAUCGCUUUGUAAUACAUUUAUAAAACAUUUUUAUCAGUAACUUUAUAUUUUAAAAAAUGGGCGGGACGUAGCCCAGUGAUAAAGUGCUCGCCAGAUGCGCUGUCGGUCUGGAAUCGAUCCCUGUCAGUGGGCUCAUUGGGCUAUUUCUCGUUCAAAACAAACACAAUUUAAAAGGCCUACGAUUUUGUGACCCAUAUUUAUUAGCAGACAAUAUUGAUAUUGAAACUGAGCCGAUCGUUUCUCUGGCACUGUCAAAUGUAUGUAGUAGUAGAGUGUGACAUAUAGUGAAAAAAUAGUGCAAAAUGUGAUACUAACAUGCCAAUUUGCAUGCAGUUAGGCCAUCAUGUGUAGAGUAAAACUCGAUAUAGGACCAACCUGGCAGUGACCCCUAUUGGCCACGUGACGUCACAAUUCAAAAUGGCCGCCAAUGAACUAUUAUUUCUCACUGUUUGUAUCACAUUUAACAGUGUAAGGUAUAAAAUAUUAGCUGCAAUGACACAUUUCAGACAAUAUUAUUACUAUUUAUGUCUUGCUAUUAUAUAUUAAUCAUUAUUUUUGAAAACAUAUGAAUAUGCUGAACAACAAAAGAAACGUGUCUAAUCACAAAUACUGUAUAUAUAAUAGCCCAAUGGCUAAUGCCUAAAUAUCAAUGGAAUCGUUCACUUUCUAGAAAAGUAUGAAACUUGACACAAAUCUUCUGUUGCUUAGUGGUGUCAAUUUAAAAUAGAUAUUAAUAUCUCUCCCUGUGGCCGCCAUUUUGAAUUUCUCAUGGUCGCCAUCAACUACAAUUUGUAUUGAAACUUAUUCUAAGGCACAUAAAAGCAAUAUACCAAUACCUAUACUCAUGUUUUAAGGAACAAUGAAUCUACAUAUAAAAAUAUAGUAAUAUAUACGAAUGUCUUCUGUAUUGUUUGAGUAUGAAUGUAACAUGUUUUCUUCUGCAAACGUUAAAGCGAGGCAGUAUGGUAUCUGGUACUUGUAACGUAUACUAUGAAUAAAGCUUUCCACAGUUCUAUUUGUAGCGAUACUUGCUUUAAUAGUUGCAUUGAAUAACAUCUCCAUCCAUGAAAUCUCUUUUUAUCUGUUAAUUAUGGAGAUUUCCACUGUAUUUGUUUUCAUAAAGUGGUGUCAAUGCAUAGUAUUGAUACCCAGGAAACAAAGUCAUCUACGUUUCAUUCCUAAAAAAAAAUUUGUAUUCAUGUUAAGCCAUUUGUAUUAUUGUUCUGUCUACUGAUUGGCUGCUUGUCUGGGGUCUCAUAGGACCAUUGAUAAUGAAUGCUAAUAUUUAUUUUGGUAUUGGCUCUGCAAGUAAAAUGUUCGUGUAAGUCAGUGGAAGAAGACGUGAUUGUCACCUCUAAGGCAAUCUUUUCUUCAUCAGAUCUGAACUUCUUAUCUAUGGAAUGCAGCAAGGUAAAUAGGAGAGACAGACAGCUGUAUAGGGAGCAAGGGCAUACAAUGUGCUAUUCGUAUAACUUUAAAGUGCUAAAUAACUCCGUUAGCAAGUUAACAUGAUCUCCUCAAAAUAUGAGCAUACGGAAUGGGCAGUAUGAUGGGGAUAAAGAAAUUACAGCUUUAUUGUAUCUGGUUGAAUAGUAAGGCCACACUAUAUUGGGAUAGGAAUGCCCGUGUCAUUAUAUGAAAGUUUCUAUCUUGGAUUACCAUGAGACCUGGCACAACUUAAUAUUUAAAUCAAGAAUCAUAUUUACUAAUGAUAGCAAUGUGCAGGGGAUGAUAUUGUCUGUCUGUUCCUCACUUGCCUCACUGAAUGAAUGACUUGACAAACAUUAUUUCCAAACUAUUAUAGCAGUGUGUAUUACUUUGACAGAAUAAAGUCUCCAAAUCACAUCAACAUGUUGAUAGCAAAAUUCCCAUAUUGAAUUUUGGGGUAGGGACUGUUUAACAGCAAUGGUUCCUUUAAACUAAUGGAAUUGACUAUUAAGGGACAUUCCUGAGUUUGCUGCAUUGUAAGAUGUUUACGACUAAUCAAAUAUUUCUACGAUUAAACUUACAUAUUAAAUAUAUUUUCUUUUAGGAAAUAAAA